AUGAAGAAAAUCCAGAGUCAGAGCAAUACAAACCUCAUAUAUGGGAAUCCAGCAGUGCAAAUACCAAACAAGAUGAAACCCCGUGUUCAAGUCCUCAAGAGUUCUGAUGAUGGGUCCGAUCAGGCAUCCCAAGGCGGCGACGGCACCUUGUCACAUCUCGCUUCCUGCUUGAAUGCUUUCCUUUGUUGGAAGUGGAGCCGGACCGUUGCACUACGCGUGCUCUUCGUCACCAGCAUCAUCUUCGCGAUCUUCAUAUGCAGCCUGGUGUCGUACCUGAUAAUCCGUGACUUGGAGUACGAGGUUGGCCACCAAACAUAUGAAAGCGUUGCGGCCAGUGCCUUGAAAGCCGCCCGCGAAAUCACCCUUCGAAAAUAUCAAGCCGCCAAGGUCAUGGAGUCCGUCCUAAGUUUUGCCUUUCCGGAUGCUGAAAUGUGGCCUUAUGUGGGUCUCAACGGGUACUUUCACACAUCGAGGGAAGUGGCUGCAUUGGCGAGCACGGGCUCGAUGGGUAUGAGCGUCUUUGUCCAACCUCCCGAGGCAGCAGCCUUUGAAAGCUUUAUUCAGGAGCACUUUGACCAGCAGGGCUACCCACCGGAUGCCGGGCUCAGCGAUUUUGGAUUCGGCAUUUAUACAAGGGAUCCGGACUCUCCUUUUGCCGAUGGUAGGGUUCCGUCGCGUACGGGAAACGACACAUCGGACGGGGGAAGUCCAUACACGAUUCUAGCCCCUAUAAUGGAUCAUUCUAUGUGGAACACCAACGCUCUCAUGUACGACGUACAUUCCACAGACACUGCUGUUGAUGCCCUUUUUGAGUGCACUGAACAUGCAACCCAGAAUUCUGACUUCCUGGCAACAAUGACAGACGCACCUACUGCACCCCAAAAGCCUGCUUGCACGGUGAGCACGGGUUUCAAGAAGUUGAUCAGUCGACCAGACCUUGCAACAUUGGUCGACCAGCCAAUAUACCCAGCCAAUGAUCCUACUACAGUGGUGGGCUUUGUUGGAACGUCUAUCCAGUGGAUCGAGGUGCUUGACCAAAUCGUGCCGGAUUUCUUUGAUACUCUAGUCGCAGUAAUAUCUACGGAUUCACAAUGGCAUUCAAACACUGACUUCGGUACCGUGACGUAUAUCAUUCGACAUGGGCACGCGGUCUUUCUUGGCGAAGGAGAUCAGCACGAUAGAAGAUUCGACUCAUCUGCCCGGUCGAUAGUGUUGAACGAUGUCGCGGGAGCAACGAAGUCGGUGCAUGUAACGCUCACAGUAUACCCAAACUCAUUUGAUCAGUUCGCCACCAAAAGUCCAUUGGCCGUGUCAUUGGGAUUUGCGGCAGUCAUUGCGAUAUGCACAGUGAUCUUCUUUGUGUAUGACUUCUUGAUGCAAAGUGACAUCAACGAGCGCAAGGUUGUGUUGGAGAUGAAGCGUCGAUUCGUCCGCUUCAUUUCUCAUGAAAUACGAACGCCAUUGAACACUGUUUGCAUGGGGUUGGAGCUACUCGAGUCAGAGCUGGGGCCGCACAGAGAUCGAAAUGUCACACCUGAGGCUUCGAGUUCGUCGCUUGCGCCAGAGAGCUCUUCAGGAGCCAGUGUUGACUACUGGUACGAUAUCACCCGAGACAUACAAGAGAACGCUUCCAGUGCAGUGGGGAUUCUGAACGAGUUGCUGAAAUAUGAUAAGAUCGAAACUGGCAACCUGGAGCUGGAAAUCGGACAGGUCUUGAUGUGGGACCUGGUCGCAAAAGUUGUCAGUCAGUUCAGGCUUCAGGCUGUAAACAAGGAAGUAGACCUUUCGUUUACCGUUACGGACAACCACAGUGACCGCGACCCAGAAGUUGGCGAGGGAAUGGUGUCCGAAAGUCUGCGAGAACUAGUUGUUGUCGGGGAUCCCAUGCGACUAAGUGAGGUUGUAAGAAACGUCAUAUCUAAUGCUCUUAAAUUCACCCCCAUUGGCGGACUGAUCAAGGUUUCAGUCGAGUACAAGAAAGAUGGUUUACCAGAGAAGCGGAGUUGGGGAAGGAAACGAAAUUUUCAGCUCACGUCAAAUUCGACUGACCAGAUGCAGGCGUCAGAUCAAAGCACUGGAGAUUCCAAUUCCCUGGCAUGUUUCUACAGCUUCCCGCGCGCUGGAUCUAUCCUGAUUAGUGUGACAGAUACUGGGGUGGGCAUGUCAGAACAUCAGCUAUCGCGCGUUUUCGUCGAAGGCGUUCAAUUCAACGCAAACAGGCUGCAGGCUGGUGGUGGAAGCGGGUUAGGACUAUGCAUCAGCAAAGGCAUUAUCGAACGGCACCGCGGUGCCAUUGUUGCAUCAUCGGCUGGUGAGGGCAAAGGCUGCACCUUCAGCGUGGAACUUCCUCUGUACGAUUCAAGUUGCGAUCAAUUCAAAACUGAGUCGCUGGUUUCUGAGAAGUUGCCUACAAUGGCUGAUUCCGCUGACACAUGCCCAGACAAAGUGGCUCCUACUGGCACCGGCAGUAUGGCAGUGGACAUGGAGACCGUACCAACCAUCGAAGACGACCGAAGGCUCGAAGCACAGUUCAACCCCUCAAGAGAAACAAUGUUUGGCACCGUCGACAACGCCACUUGGCUCGACGCGAGGUUCUUCAGUUCCUGCCCCGCCACCCUCAACGCCGUCAAAGGCAGAAACGCAGAAGCACACAGUGUUGGUCGUGGAUGA